AUGAGUGAAUCUCCUAACGGUGCGACUGCUCCUGCUGUGGCUGCGCCACUUGAUUCCUCCUCCACUCCUUCCGCUUCCCCCAACAAUGUCGAUACCAUUGCACAAGGCAAGGAAAGAGCAAAAGAAGUUCUAGCAGCCUCAGGCAUCGAUGUCUCAAAGUCGGACUCUACCUCGACCUCAGAUCCUCAAGAGCAAAUCACCUUACCCAACCGAAAGCGCAAGCGCGAGACCCCCAUCAAUCGCAUUCAGGCUGAGCAGUAUGUCGAACACGAAUAUCAGUACAAGGGUCUUCUGGCAGACCAAGUGAGCCAUCCGAAAAUUGUACAGGAGAAGAAACAAGAGCUUGCCCUCUAUCAAUCUCUACGACCGCGACGAGAACAUGACCCCGGUGCCAUUUUCGGGGUGGGAUAUGAAGGCUUCGGUAACCCUCGAACAGACGAAAAGAACCUGCGCGACCCCAUCGUCUACCCACGACAGAGAAGACCGGGCAAGAAGAAGACACUACCACCCCAUGUCUCCCGCAACGAUUUUGUCGUCGCAGCCGAACAGCCUGAAGAACUCAUUCCCAUUCGUCUUGAUAUUGACUGGGCCAAGAUCAAAUUGCGCGACACCUUUACCUGGAAUAUUCACGAUCGCACGUCAUCCAUCGAAUACUUUGCAGAGAAACUCGUUGAGGACUUCGGCCUCGAAGUUCAGAACUGUCGCCCGUUGGUGCAAAGCGUGGUAGCACACAUGCGCGAGCAGAUUAGUGACUAUUGUCCUCAGAUCUACGCCGACGAUGUCACGGUCGAACCCACCCUACCAUAUUUUGCCUACAAAAACGAUGAAAUGCGAAUACUCAUCAAGUUGAACAUCACGAUUGGUCAAAACACCCUGAUCGACCAAUUCGAAUGGGAAGUCAACAACCCCUACAAUUCUCCCGAGGAAUUUGCACGCCAGAUGACCAACGAUUUGUCGCUGGCCGGAGAGUUCACCACCGCUAUUGCUCACUCCAUCCGCGAACAGAGUCAACUCUUCUCUAAAUCCUUGCACAUCACCGGACAUCCAUUCGACGGUCGGCCAGUGGAAGAUCCAGAUUUAAGAGACAAUUUUCUCCCAUCCCCUCUUCUCACCACCUUCAGACCCUACCAAGCUGCAAAGGACUUCACACCUUAUAUUUACGAGCUCAACGAGGCAGAUUUGGAGCGUACAGAACUCUCGAUUUCCCGCGAACAACGAAGACAGAAGCGGUCUACAAAUCGUCGUGGAGGUCCUGCUCUUCCAGAUUUGAAAGAUCGACAACGAACUAUAAGAUCGCUCGUUGUCUCUUCAGUCAUUCCUGGUGGUGCCUUGUCGAUGGAAGAAAGUCGCAUCUUCAGAGUGCCCAAAGCUACGCGAAGAUCGGCUCGUGCAACUGGCCAACGGGAUGGUUUCGAGGAUUCGGACGAUUCGGACAGUGACGAUUCAGCUCCUGAUUCUCCAGCAAUCCCCACCCACCUACUGCAACAGGGAACUGCUCGAACUAGGGGCAUCAGAAAUGCGGCUCUCUCUGCCACCGCCGGAAUUCGAUCCAACUUGAGCGGGUUCGCCUCUGCACGUUCCGCCACCCCAGACUCCAUCACCCCGUCACAUCAUGAUUCACGAACCUCGGCCAGAAAGAAGGACUACAAGGAAGAGAGUGAUGACGAAUCAAUUCCAGAGAAACUCGUUGUGGUUCUGAAGGUUGGAAAGGCUAAACUUCGAGAGUUCUCGCGAGCACAGCGACUCAAAGAUAGGGGUGCUCUGAUUUCCAACCAUGGUAGUCCGUUACCAGGAACUCACUCUAGAUCUGUAUCAUCCGCACCACUCAACCUUGCAGCUAUGCCACCUCCACCAUCGCCAGUGCCAGCACCUGCAGAGAUUCCUGGGGCUGUUGAUGCUACUCACCAUCCUCCAAGUUCCUCGCACCCAGCUCCUCCAUCUCCGGAUUGGCUUGCACAGGAUCUUGACCGUCUCCGGAAGAUUUAUCCCAACGAUAAUUUCGAAGCUGUGAUGAAACACACUGCAGUUGACCCCAAGACACACAAAGUCAUGCCGGUCAAUGAGACGACUCGUGCUUUCCCUCACAAAUAUGUACCCAGAAUCAGAUGUGGAGACUGUACUGGCAAAGUUUACAUUCCAGGUCUAGGUGAUGGAUUGAAUGCACAAAACUUUGAAUCCCAUCUGAAGAAUCGCAACCACCGGGCGGCUGUGGACGCACGACUAGCCAAGGCUGCGGGUGCAUAA